CCACGAGUCGCGUGGUAACGACGUCGUAUUGACUUCUUCCUUUGGUUUUGUUCGAAAUUUUCUACUGAUAAAUAUCCUCACACUCUUUCACUCUUCAUCUCUCGUUUUCUCCUCUCUCGAAACUCUCAAAAAGCUAUCUUCGUUUCCAUCGGAUUUUUUUCAGAUCGCAGAUCUAAUGGCCAAGGAUCCAGUCCGUGUUCUCGUCACCGGCGCUGCUGGGCAAAUUGGAUAUGCUCUUGUUCCGAUGAUUGCUAGGGGAGUUAUGUUGGGCGCGGACCAGCCUGUGAUCCUCCACAUGUUGGAUAUUCCACCUGCUGCGGAGGCACUUAAUGGUGUUAAGAUGGAGUUGGUGGAUGCAGCAUUUCCACUUCUUAAAGGUGUUGUUGCCACCACUGAUGCCGUUGAAGCUUGCACUGGUGUCAAUAUUGCUGUGAUGGUUGGUGGAUUCCCAAGGAAAGAGGGCAUGGAGAGGAAAGAUGUGAUGUCGAAGAAUGUCUCCAUCUACAAAUCCCAAGCUUCUGCACUUGAGAAGCAUGCUGCUGCUAACUGCAAGGUUUUGGUUGUUGCUAAUCCUGCCAAUACCAAUGCGUUGAUCCUGAAAGAAUUCGCUCCAUCUAUUCCCGAGAAGAACAUUACCUGUUUGACUAGAUUGGACCAUAACAGGGCUCUUGGGCAGAUUUCAGAGAGAUUGAAUGUUCAAGUAUCUGAUGUUAAAAAUGUCAUUAUUUGGGGAAAUCACUCAUCAACACAGUACCCUGAUGUCACUCAUGCUACUGUGAACACGCCGGCUGGUGAGAAGCCUGUCCGUGAGCUUGUUGCAGAUGACAAAUGGUUGAAUGAAGAAUUCAUUGCCGUUGUCCAGCAACGUGGGGCUGCUAUCAUCAAGGCGAGAAAGCUCUCUAGUGCACUCUCUGCUGCUAGUUCUGCUUGUGACCAUAUCCGUGACUGGGUUCUUGGAACUCCAGAGGGCACUUGGGUGUCAAUGGGUGUAUACUCUGAUGGUUCAUACAAUGUUCCUUCGGGACUCAUUUACUCCUUCCCGGUUACUUGCAAGAACGGAGAAUGGUGCAUCGUUCAGGGUGAGAAUACGAGCGACAGAUAUCAUUUCAGUCUAGUUAAUGAAUUUUAUGUUAUGUUAACUCGACUUUCCUACAUUUCCAGGACUCUCCAUCGAUGAAUUCUCGAGGAACAAGUUGGAUUUGACGGCUAAAGAGCUCAGCGAGGAGAAAGAUCUCGCGUAUUCCUGCCUGUCUUAGGUUCUCUCCCAUAUUGCUCGGCGGCGCAGAGUUGUUUCCCUUAGUGGGAAUCGAAGUCGGAGCAGUUUUGAAUAAGGCCAUUGUCUGAUCAUCAAUGGUGAGACAACUUCUUCACUGCAGUUGUUGAAGUACUUUGUUGUGUUUGAGAGGGAUUUUUCGUAUUAAUACAGACUUUAAUUGUCAUCGACAGAUAUGUAUUUCGUAGCAUUUUGAUGGAAAGAGUCCAUUUGAGAAAUUUGCAGUUUUACAA